AUGGGUGUCAAUAAAACUUGGAAGACUGAGUUCACCUAUUGUGAGCGGGGCUUUCGAAAACGUAGACGUGCUCGCGUGGCAGCUCUACAGAACUUCAAGAAUUUUAUGAAAGAAGCUGUAAUGGAUGCUGUCGAAAAGCUGUCAAUAGAUUGGCGCAAAGUAGAUAUAGCAAUCAACUACAAUCCGGUCAGAUGUUGUAAUGCUACCAUUUUCACGUGCGGUCCAGCCGAGCCACCCCCGGGUGUGUUCGAAGACGAGGACAUAUCGCGCUUGAAUGAAAAUCAAGUCACUGUUUAUGGAACCAUCACGGUAAGAUGACU